UCCGGUACAAAAAUGUUAUUAAAAAAUUUUCAUUGAACGUGUUGAUACUUAUCAAUUUCAAACAAAGUGACAAUUUAUAAGCAUAUCUAUCUAAGGUAUACUAAUUCGUACUAAUUGAGUGAAUUGAUCUUGUUUUGUUCUUUAGAAAAGUUUCGCUCCCUCCACUUUACUUUGCAUACACUGUGAGAGCUGAGAUAGUUCUAUAAAAGAUUUCUGCAGAAUCUUUAAAAGUUAGAGUUCGUUUGAACUUGGGGUACUAACAACUUCUUAACCAGCUUUGAAGAUUCUUUACAAUGUGGUUAAGAUUGUUUUGUGUGAUAUGUUUAUCUACAUACGUUUCCACGCAAUCCACCAAACCCAACAUCGUUGUGAUUCUUGCCGAUGACAUGGGUUGGGAUGAUAUCGGUUUUCACGGAAAUAAUGAAAUUCCAACUCCGAACAUUGACGCUUUAGCUUACAAUGGUGUAAUUCUGAAUAGUCAUUACACUCAAGCUUUGUGUACUCCUUCCAGAUCGGCGUUUUUGACCGGAAAAUAUCCCAUUCACCUCGGUAUGCAGCAUUUGGUUAUCCUUGAACCCGAACCAUGGGGCUUACCAUUGAAUGAAACCUUGUUACCCGAGCACUUAAAAAGAAACGGGUACAAAACCCACGCUGUUGGAAAAUGGCAUUUGGGUUUCCACAAGAAAGAAUUUACACCAACCUAUCGAGGUUUUGACACGCAUUACGGAUAUUGGCAGGGAUUUCACGAUUAUUACGAACACACGAUUAGAGCCACCUAUUCUAAUGAAACAGGAUACGAUAUGCGUCGAAAUAUGAGUGUUGAUUGGGAUGCUAAAGGAAAAUAUUCAACAACUUUGUUUACAGAAGAAGCCGUCAAAAUAAUUAAAGAACAUGACACAACAGAUCCUCUUUUCAUGUAUUUCGCUCAUUUGGCUCCACACGCAGCUAACGAUUGGGAACCUUUGCAAGCUCCCGAUGAAGAAAUUGCAAAGUUUUCAUACAUUGAAAAUCCAAAUCGACGAAUUUACGCAGCUAUGGUAUCUGAAAUGGACAAAAGUGUAGGUGAAGUUGUUACUGCCCUAAGAAAAAAACGAAUGCUCGAAAACACAAUUAUCCUCUUUAUGUCUGAUAAUGGAGGUGCAACAAUCGGAAUACAUUCUAAUACAGGCUCAAAUUAUCCAUUACGAGGAAUGAAAAAUUCUCCAUUUGAAGGGGCUAUGAGAUGCUUAGCUGCCAUUUGGAGUCCUUUAAUUAAACAACCUAAACGCGUUAUGAACGAUUUGAUCCAUAUUUCCGAUUGGUUACCUACGUUUUAUUCUGCUAUAGGUUUAAAUCAAACAGAACUCGGUGUGAUUGAUGGUGUCGAUAUGUGGGAUGCUAUUUCUGAUGGGAAAGAAGGAAAAAGGUCGGAAGUACUUUACAAUAUUGAUGAUGUAUGGAAAUACGGCGCAAUCCGAAAAGGUCCGUGGAAAUAUCUUUAUGGAUCAGUAUCAAAAAAAGAUUCUUGGUAUGGUGCACCUGUAAAUUCCAGUUAUUACAAUACCUACAGCAUUGAAGAUGUAAUGAAUUCUAAGGCUGGUGUUUCAAUUUCUGGUACUUUCACACAUCAGCAAAUACACGAAAAUAUAUUUGGGAAAUUAUUAGGAAAGGAAGAAGCUUUAGAGUUACGAAAAAAUGCGACUUUGAAUUGUACCCAUAAAAAGGGAAAUGUUUGUAAUCCGUCAAAAUCACCUUGUUUAUUCAACUUGGAUAUAGAUCCCUGCGAAACUAACAACUUAAUUAAAGAAAACCCCAAAAUCGCCAAUGAACUAUUAAAAUCUCUUGAGCAAUAUCGAAAAACCGCUUUACCUCUCAUAAAUAUUCCCAGAGAUCCAAACGCGGAUCCAGCUUUAUACAAUGGCACCUGGGUGAACUGGAAAGAUUACGUCGACGUUACUAUCAUUAAAAAAGAAGUCACUUUUAACGAAUUAUCUCCUUUAGCGCUAGUAUUCAUCGUGGCUUCUUGCAUCCUAGUUAUUAUUGCCAUUGCGAUAUUAGUGAUCAUAUCGUUGACACGUGACCGACGAGAUCGAAAAGGAAAAUAUCACGAUGUGCAAACUUCUUUGAAUGGUACAGAUUAGGAACUUGAAUGGAAAAUUAUGAUAAGAUAAUUGGUGUACCAAAGAUUGCGAUGCAAAAAUGAAACGAAAAAAUUUGAUUGUUUAACAGUAUUAUUUAGAUAAUACAAGUAAUACGAAUAAAGUUGUUUUGAACUUAAUGUAAUUAAAAAAAUAUACUGAAUAAAUUUAAUAAAAGAAGUAAAAUGUUAA